AUGGAUUUGGAUGCGGCUUUGGAGAAAGGUUCGGAUGGUGAGGGCGAGGAACAGCAGGAUAGCGAAGUGUACCCAGGACGAGUGCUCAAGUUAGUGCCGCUCAUCUCAUCUCAUAUUUUUUAUUUAGAAACUCGUGUUUUGUUGGGUCAUCGGCUCUUGCUAAUUUUCUGCACAGACCGAAUGCAGCGUACAGGUGCAGCUGAACUUGUCGCCACGCUCGAUCCUGGUGUUACUGCGUGA